UUGGAGGCGGAAGAGGGAGAAUGGCGGAAGAGGUGGGUGGAGAAACCAGAACGAGAAAUGAACAUAAAGAAGAAAAAGAAAAAGAAAAAGAAGAGAAGGGGAUGAGUCCAUGGGAUCAACACUCAGGCGUGAUCAAGCUCCCUCGCUUUGAUUACAAUGCUCCCUCUUCUCUUCUCCAUCACUCCCAUUCCGGCUUUCUCAUCACUUGUACUAUCAAGCGGGAGAAAAGCGCUACUAAAGAAGCAAUCUCUAUACUUGAUAAGUUCGUUGGGCCCUUUAAUACGGGUGGUCAUGACUGUUUGAAGAACCCUUUAGAGAAUAGUACUUCAAAGAGGAGGAGGAUAUGCACAGAAGAUAUUGGUGAGGAAUGUUUGGACAUCGAGGAAACCAAGUCUGCUACUGCUAACUCUGGAGAUGGUAAACUUUUAAGUCAUGCUAAAGCAGAGACAGAAACAGAUGGAGUAACUGGUCUUUCUUUGGUUAAGUUGAACAGGAGUGGGUUGCUUCUCUUUACCUUUCCCAAUAACACAUUGCCUGACACGGUUAAUGUUGUGUCAAAUAUCAUUCAAGCUUUGGAGUCUGGGAGUGUUAGUGUGCCAGUUUGGUGCCAUCGCAUUUUCCCUAUCCAAGCUACCUGUGGUUUGAACGAAAAAGAACUACAAGAUGUUGUAUCAAUGCUUGUUAAAAAAUUCGUGGCUGCUAAACAGGACAAACUUGAACGACCUCUAAAGUUUGCUGUUGGGUACAACCGAAGAGGAAUUGAAGAGACAAAAUUUGUAGAAGAAAAUUUAAAUGGUUCGAAUGCAUUUAAUUUGCUGGACCGUAAUAAAUGCUUUGGCAUAGUGGCUUCUGCAGUCAAUCAUGUUGUGGAAGAUUCAGUAGUGGAUCUCAGGUCUCCAGAGCUCUCUGUUCUUGUUGAGUUGCUUCCCCUUUCUGGAGUACCUAAUGGGUCGAUGGUGGUUGCUGUCUCUGCCCUCCCCAGGAACCUUGUUAGUACAAAGCCUAAACUCUGUGUCAAGUCCAUGACUUCCAAUACUAAGGAAGGGUCUGUGGCUCAAUGAGAAAGAUUGGUGCUACUGUUUCACUUCAGCAUGGUUUACUUUGCCAGGUUGCUUUUCCUGGAAAUAUCUGGUGGAUUUCGUAUGACCCUGGAAAUGGAAAUUGAAAUGACCAAAGUGCAAUCCCUACUAAACAAGAUAUUGUUCCAAGUAAAAGCUGUAGCCACUUCUGCUCUGAUUCGCUCAUUUAUAAUGUAGCUAUCUUAUUAUUAAAUGUAAUUUGUGAAGUCAAGCAGAAUGCGGUUUAUAUAAGUUGUUGAACUUUAUCAUGGGUUAUGUUUAUCUCAUUUUACAUGAGAUAAACAACUCUCUUACACACACAAAAAGAAGUUGAAUUUCAUCACUCUUUUUUCUCUCUCCUCUUA